CAUUUGAUCACGAUGGCGGGCAGCGGCGCUUCAAUCAGUCUUGCUCUCCUUGCUCUAUUAUUGGCGAAUUCAGUGCAACAUGAACACAACCAAAUGCAGACUGCGUACGUCACAGACACCGGAGAAAUGUGCAUUACAGCGUGCGCCUGGCUGUCAAGUUAUUAUUAUUGCUGGAAAGGCUGGGGCAGUUCGAAGGGUGGAUAUUGCACACCGAGUGGUGAAAGUAAGGUUCAGCUGCCCAUUUCGCAGAGAAAAGGCCGAAAGCAAAAACCCUGCACUGGCCUUUGCACUCGAGUCGACUCGGCCUACAACUGGUGCUUCACGGGCGACGCCGGCGAGAACAACUACUGCACCCCCGACCCCAUCCCCCUGGGCACCUUGAACAAGAUUCACGACAAAAUGAGAAGUUAUCCCACGUGCAACGAGCGAAAAAAACGAGGUUUUGGGGAAGGGAUCAUGAGGAACUUUGGAGUUGGAGAUGUUAUCGAUACUUUGAGAGCGCUGUUGCCUGGCGGCGUUCGUCACGUGUCAAGUGUGGACAACCCAAUCAUUGAGUACCUGGUGUGGCCUGCGCCGCCCGUCGCCAACAUGGAAGACAACGUGCCGCUCACCUACUUCAUCCGGGCUCGAAUCACGCCGCGCCACAGAGCUCGACGCGAACCCAUCCCGUCCAUGAUCAACCGUCGCAUGACCAACAUGAACGCGGAGGUGGGCGACGAACGUGGCCACUUGCUGGCCGCCUCCCUCGGCGGCCCCACCGUCGACUUCAACUUUGCGCCGCAGUCGAGGCUCGUCAACAGAAAUGCGGGCGAUGGUUUAUCGUGUUGGUUCGCGCUCGAGCAGGAAAUUCGAAGCUUUUUGGACGGCAACCCCAACAGUUACGUCGACUGGAACCUGACCAUCUCCUACGGGAACCUCAGAGUCACUCGACGACCGACUGCCUUCAGCAUCAGAACUCGAUUUUACAACAACGGCGUGAUGGUGCGAGAGUCUGGAGACAUGGUUUUCGACAACAACGGCGGCAAUCCCAUGUGAAAUUUUAUACAAUUUUAUUUUUUGAAUUACAGAAGAGUUGAAUUGACUCGUGCAAAAAUCAUGUUAUCAUUUAUAAAAUUGAAGUAAACAGAAAAUAAAUUUUUCGGGGUA